AUGCCGCUUCCAGUAUUUCUUGCUUUAUUCUUGCCUUGUGCAGGACUGAGCCUCACGUUUUUAAUUUAUGUUUGUUUGUUAUGGUACACAAAUGCUUUUAAUGAAUAUGACGACAAUGAGUUUCAGGCCGCUAUGAAGCCAGGAGCGAAAAAAGGACUUUCCGCAUCAGAGCUGGAGAAGCUUCCGAAAUUAAUAGGGAAAGAUUUGGUGAUGGGAAAUGAAUGCUCAAUUUGUCUCGAUGAUAUCGGUCAAGAAGAACUGGCUCGUUCGAUUCCAGGGUGUAAUCACGGGUUUCAUUUACGCUGCGCAGACACUUGGCUAUCAACGAAUCCUGUUUGCCCUGUUUGUAGGGGAAAACUUUAUGAGUUUUUUGAUGCUUCUGCAACCAAUCCCUGCUAG